CUCUCUCUCUCUCUACCUCAGCUGUUGAAAGGCGCGCGAAAGCACAAGGGGAGGGGCGCCAAAGGAGUCUCUGUGGGCAGGAGGCCCCUCCCUCCGGGUCUGUCUUUCCUCAGGGCCAGCAGUGGAUAGCAAGGGGAUGGUUUUCGUGCUUGGCAUGGGCCCCUCAGGCGUUUCUUUGGAAGGGAGCGGGGCUCUUAAUGGGUUCAUGUUUGGGAGGGGCAGGAAGAGGUUCUGUUGGUAUCGGCCUUCAGGCUCCGUCGGACGCAUGCCAAUCCUGUGAAUGAGCGCCCUCCAGGCCACCGUACCCUCUUGCAGACUCAGGGCCAUAGCUUCCUUCAUUUGGAAUAUAGCCUUCCUCAUUUCCUACAGACUUCUACCAUUCUAAGCAAUGCAUUUUCUAGUGAGUCAUUUUUUCUCCAGACAUUCGCAGAUAAAUUCCCUCAGCUUUUAGAAGGUAGAGUUCAGGCCUUUGGGGGCCACUUAUGUCUUUUUAGCAACCCACUGUAUGUGUAAAGCUUGGCCUCGCACUGAACGUGGAGAAAACCAAAGUGCUCUUUCAACAGGCAGCAGGGAUGUGUUUUUGCCCCAACCUUACUUUCCGUCUACUUAGCUGUGGCACUUCAUCCUGUUGAUGAGAAGCUUCCCACAGGAGUGGAAAUCAUCUCUCAGACAGAUGGCGCUAUUUAACCUCAGCAGACUGAGAGCCAAAACCAAGGUCACAACAUCUGUUACAGAACUCUAGCAUGCCAAUGAUAACAUAGUCUAUGUGCAUUCAGAAGAAGAUCGACAAGCCACUCUAAACACCUUUGCAGAAGCAUAUGAGAAGCUCAGCCUCUCACUGAACAUUGAGAAAACCAAAGUGCUCUUUCAACAGGCACCAGCCAGUCCCUCUGCAAUGCCUGAAAUACAGCUUAAUGGUGUAAUGUUAGAAAAUGUUAAACCAUUUCUGCUACCUUGGCAGCCACUUCUCCACAAAAAUCAACAUCAACAAUGAAAUGCAACACCAUCUAAGCUCUGCGAGUGCAGCAUUCUUCUGAAUGAAGCAGAGUGUUUGAGAAUCGGGACAUCCGUGGGGAUACCAAGGUGCUUGUUUAUAAAAGUAUUGUCCUCCCAACCCUGUUAUACGCCUGCAAAACGUGGACCAUCUACAGAUGUCAUACUCAACUCCUGGAACAAUUCCAUCAGCAUUGCCUUUGAAAAAUCCUGCAAAUCUCUUAGGAAGACAGGUGGACAAAUAUCUGUGUGCUGGAUGAAGCAAAGACCACCGGCAGGAAGAAAAAGGAGGCGAUAGGGCCUCUGCGAGGAGAAGAUGGGAUGAUGGGGACAGGGAAGCAGAACUGCUUAAUGCCUUCUUUGCCUCGGUCUUCUCACAAAAAGAAAGCCAUCUUCAACCUCAGCAACAUGAAAUGGACAAAGGAUUUGGGGAAAUCCAACCCCAAAUAGGGAAACAAGUUGUCCAGGAACACCUGGCCAUUCUAAACGAAUUCAAGGCACCAGGGCCAGAUCAACUACAUCCAAAAGUACUGAAGGAACUAGCUGACGUUAUUUCAGAACCACUGGCAAUCAUAUUUGAGAGUUCUUGGAGAACGGGAGAAGUCCCAGAAGAUUGGAGGAGGGCAAAUCUUCAAGACCUAUCUUCAAGAAGGGAAAAAAAAAGGACCCAAACAAUUACCAUCCGGUCAGCCUCAUGUCGAUACCAGGCAUUCUCAAAUGAUGAAGAAGCCCUUAUUAACAAAGAAUUACCAAAGGAACUUCUCUUAAGAAUAUUUUCCUUCCUGGAUAUAAUAACCUUGUGUCGAUGCGCACAAGUUUCUAAGGCUUGGCAUAUCUUGGCCUUGGAUGGAAGUAACUGGCAAAGGAUCGACCUUUUUAAUUUUCAGACAGAUGUCGAGGGCCGAGUGUUAGAAAAUAUUUCCAAAAGAUGUGGUGGGUUCCUGAGACAACUAAGCUUGAGAGGCUGUCUUGGAGUUGGAGACUCUUCCUUGAAAACAUUUGCACAGAAUUGUAGAAAUAUUGAACAUUUAAUCCUUAAUGGAUGCACAAAAAUUACUGAUAGCACUUGUUACAGCAUCGGUAAAUGCUGCUCCAGACUAAAACAUCUGGAUCUCACAUCUUGUGUUUUUAUAACAAACAACUCUUUAAAGAGUCUCAGUGAAGGGUGCCAAAAUCUGGAACUCCUGAAUCUUUCCUGGUGUGGUCAGAUUACAAAAGAUGGUAUUGAAGCACUGGUAAAAGGGUGUAAUGGAUUAAAGGCACUAUUUCUUAAAGGAUGUACACAGCUAGUAGAUGAAGCACUACACCAUAUUGAGAAUCACUGUCAUCAACUUGUUAUAUUAAACCUUCAGUCAUGUACGCAAAUAUCAGAUGAUGGCGUAGUGGGCAUCUGUAGAGGAUGUCAUCAACUCCAAUCUCUCUGUGUUUCUGGUUGUACAAACCUUACAGAUGUUUCUCUCAUAGCGCUUGGUUUGAACUGUCCAAGGCUGAAAAUUCUGGAGGCUGCAAGAUGUUCACAGCUCACCGAUUCCGGUUUUACACUUCUUGCACGGAACUGUCACGAUUUAGAAAAAAUGGAUUUAGAAGAAUGUGUUCUGAUAACAGAUAAUACCCUGGUACAAUUAUCCAUUCAUUGCCCCAAACUGCAAGCACUGAGCUUGUCUCACUGUGAACACAUCACAGAUGAUGGGAUUUUGCAUCUAAGCAGCAGCACAUGUGGACAUGAAAGGCUCCAGGUUCUCGAGUUGGACAACUGUCUUCUAAUCACAGAUGUGGCUCUAGAACACCUUGAGAACUGCCACAACUUAGAGAGAAUUGAGCUGUAUGACUGCCAGCAAGUCUCCCGUGCAGGCAUCAAAAGAAUAAAAGCUCACCUACCAGAUGUGAAAGUUCAUGCUUACUUUGCUCCAGUAACUCCAACUCCUUCUGUAGGAAGCACUCGACCGCAUCUCUGCCGCUGCUGCAUUAUUCUUUAACAGGUAAAAAGUUGUAGUGACUAUGUUUGAUUACAUGAGGAAAGAUAUGAUCAAGAGAAGAAAGAUUAGGACCAUCCUUUGUUAAGGCAUUUUUUAAAAAAUCGUCCAGUUCUGUAUGAUCUCAUUGUAAAAGUGCAGAUUUUACACACAUAUUGAGCUAUCUUGGCAUUCUGACUCAUGUAUAGUCGAGUAUUUAUGCUGUUGCUGUGUCAACACGAUUUUGUGUCCAGGUAUAAAUGUCAAGUUCCUUGAGUCUGCUGACUGAACAUACUAAAUCAGGCAUGGGCAAACUUUGGUCCUCCAGGUGUUUUGGACUUCAACUCCCACAAUUUCUAACAGCCAGAAGUCCAAAACACCUGGAGGGCCAAAGAUUGCCCAUGCUUGUACUAAAUACUAAGUAAUCCUCAUUGCUACAUUAGCUGUAGCUCCACCUUAGGCAUGAGACAGACUUAAGAGAAACAAUCAAAAUGUAUUGAAUUGUUGGAGUGCAAUUUUUUUUAGAAACUUCAAUUAAGUUUAUAACCUAGGUAAUUUUUAAUGCCAUGUUAUCAAACAAGGCCUCAUUUGAAAUACUGGAGUAAUGCCCAAGAACAAUUGGAUGCAAAUUUCCAAAUUAAUUCAGAAAUUAAAGACAGUUGUGUUUGUCCAAGAUGGAAAAAACAUUUAAUGUGUUUUGUUGAACAAGUUUAUUAACUUGUUCAACAACCCCCCCCCCCCUCAAUUUUACUGUCCCUGAAUUAUCUAUCAGCUGUCACACUUAAGAUACAUAAACCAGUGUUUGCAUUACACUGGUUGUAUCCAAAUGCUUUUGUAAGUUGAGUUAGAAGUGUGCCCAUUCCUAUUCAAAUAACAUACUUAAAAUUUUAGAUCACAGUACUUGAAUGCUCUUCAAACAACUCUGUGACUUAAUGCUUGAAUUCCCUUCAGCUACAAGAUGGAAAACAUUUAUUUUGGAGGUAUUUUAUAUUAAUAUUCUUAAAACUACUUAAAACACUUAACACACUACUGCACAGGGAUAUGUAUUACUACUUUAGGCAUACCUUAUACUGAAAUCUUGGUGUUACUGUGAAGAUUUGUUCCGGCGUGGUGGCAGGAGCGAUUCCUCCUGCCGAUCCUACUGAAGGAAUUCACAUUAUUUUUUUUAUUGGAACCAUUGAGACCCCCAUUCUUCUUUUUUUAUCAAUUUCCUUCCCCACCCUACACUAGCAGAAGCAAUUAAUCUGAUUUAUUAUUACUUAUAACGUAAACUAUUCAAUCAAAUAACUUUAAAGUAAAACUCACAAAUGUAUAAGAAAUCAUCCGCUCUUUUUUUCCUCUUUUUAAAAUUCCCAGGGUGGGUGUGGAUUGCUCCUCCUACCAUCCCAGAAUAAUCUUCAUGAUAAAACCAAUCUCAUUCCCAAGGUGGCACAAGGAACAAUCCACCAUGGACGGGAAUUACCCAAACCUACUCUCUUGGGUGGGCUGUUUCUUCAGUAUUGACUGCAACUCUGUUCUUCCAGAUUUAGCCCCCACUGACUUGUACUUAUCCAUCUUUUAGUGCCUGACAAAGGUUCUGACCACCCACCUGCUUCACAAAUAUAUCUGAAAGAUGAUAACACUACAUAAGGAACCAUUGUCAACAUUGAUCUUGUAGAAUGAGCGCAUACACUUGUUAACAUGGCUUCUUUUCUAAAUAACACAUAAAAUGCAGGCUAUCAUCCAUCUUGCCAAAACUACUCAGUAGAAUCAUUGAAUGGAUUCUUGACCACACAUUUUGGAAUGUGAUCAACUCAUAUUCAUCCUCAGUUGAAUUACACUCCUCUGAUAAAUCCCUUUCCAUGAUGUCACUUUGUCAACCCUCUUCCUCACUUUUCAAAUGCGGAGUGUUCCCAGUGUGUUUCCUUGGUCUACCAACCUUCUCUUCUUUCUAACUAGGCAUCCACCAACUUCCUCUUAAUGUUUAUUUCAAAUUUCAUUGCAAUGUAUAUAAUCUAUGGCCACUCUUUGCCAUUACCGUUACUUAUUUUUAAUGAAGUCAUUUAAUUUACAUUUGAUUUAUUAAUAAUGGUUGCUAUUUCUCUCAAAAAUUGAUUUGCAGUUUUCUCAAAUAUUGAAAGAAUUUCAAUUAAUUAACUUGCAUGCUUAAAGGUACCUCUGUAUUAGAAAUCUCCUCCCGAUUCUUUAGAUAUGCAUAGUUCUGCAUUGUCAUUCAUAUGUAAAUGUAGAUGUUCCUUACACCCUUGCAUUUCUCAGAUUUUUAAACACUGAUUGUAAGUAAUUCCAGAAUUGCUCAGAUUUGGUUGUCAGUCUUGGUUGACACUGAUUUUCUAGAUCCAGCACAGUCUGGUUUCAGGCCAGGGCAUGGUACCGAGACAGCCUUGGUCACCUUAGUCGAUGAUCUACGCCGGGAACUGGACAGGGGAGUGUGUCCCUGCUGGUUCUGCUGGACCUCUUAGCGGCCUUCGAUACCGUCGAUUACGGUAUCCUUCUGGGGCGCCUUGCCGGGAUGGGGCUCGGAGGUACUGUUCUGCAGUGGCUCCGGUCCUUCCUGGAGGGUCGUUCCCAGAUGGUGUCAUUGGGGGACACCUGCUCGACCCCACAACCAUUGACUUGUGGGGUCCCACAGGGGUCAGUACUGUCCCCCAUGUUGUUCAACAUAUACAUGAAGCCACUGGGAGAGAUCAUCCGGAGUUCGGGGUGCGGUGUCAUCUGUACGCAGAUGAUGUCCAGCUCUGUCACUCCUUCCCACCUGUCACUAAGGAGGCUGUUCAGGUCCUGAAUCGGUGUCUGGCCGCUGUGUCGGACUGGAUGAGGGCGAACAAAUUGAAAUUGAAUUCAGGCAAGACAGAGGUCCUCCUGGUCAGUCGUAAGGCUGAACAGGGAAUAGGGUUACAGCCUGUGUUGGACGGGGUCGCACUCCCCCUGAAGACACAGGUUCGCAGUCUGGGUGUUCUCCUGGACUCAUUGCUGAGCCUGGAGCCCCAGGUCUCGGCGGUGGCCAGGGGAGCGUUUGCACAACUAAAACUUGUGCGCCAGCUGCGCCCGUUCCUUGGGAGGUCUGACUUGGCCACGGUUGUCCACGCUCUGGUUACAUCCCAUUUGGAUUACUGCAACGCGCUCUAUGUGGGGUUGCCUUUGAAGACAGCCUGGAAGCUCCAACUAGUACAACAGGCGGCAGCCGGAAUAAUAACUGGGGUGGCAUACAGGGAACGUGCCACCCCCUGCUAAGCCAGCUCCACUGGCUGCCGAUAUGCUACCGAGCUCAAUUCAGAGUGCUGGUCUUGACCUAUAAAGCCCUAAACGGUUCUGGCCCAAUUACUUAUCCGAACAUAUCUCCUCAUAUGAGCCAGCUAGAUCCCUAAGAUCAUCUGGAGAGGCCCUGCUCUCGGUCCCACUUGCCUCGCAGGCACGGCUGGUGGGAACGAGGGACAGGCCCUUCUUGGUGGUGGCUCCCUGGCUGUGGAACACCCAUCCCACAAAUAUCCGACAAGCCCCAACCCUUCUGGGUUUCAGAAAGGCUAUGAAAACAUGGCUGUGUGCACAAACUUUUAGUGAGUAAUACAAUAACGUGGACAUGGUCCGAUUGAAGGCUGGAGCAUGAGGUUUUUAGACAAAUUGAUCUAAUUUACAUACGUUUUAAUUGUUAUAAUGUAUUUUAAUGAUUAUUUUUAUAGUUUUAAUUGAUUAUAUGUACUGUUUUUGUUUUAUUAUUAUGUUCUUGGCAUUAAAUGUUGCCAACUGUUGUAAGCCGCCCUGAGUCCCCCCGAGUGAGAAGGGCAGGGUAUAAAUGCUGGAAAUAAAUAAUAAAAUAAAUUUAUGCUUUUAGGUGGUAAUGGCCAUGUAACUGUGCCUCAAUUGUUGCAACAUUAAUUGACAUAGUUGCUUUCUGUAUGUCUGUGUGUAUUAGUCCCGUUUUCCUUUUUGAUUGGGGUUUGCUUCCUUUCCUUGGCUAUUGUUGAUAUGGAAGCUGAAUUCAGAUAUGCAUUCUGCUUGAGCUCUGUCCACCUCUUUUGAUUUGCUGUUUGAACUUUCCAUUUUUGCCCCUCCCAUCACCAAACUCUUAAAAAUCAAGAUGAUUGCCAACAAAGUUUGUUUGGCUUUUUUGCUGCCUUAGCUGGGAUUUUGCUUUUCCUUUGGACAUCUAGUUUUAUGCGCCAGAGAUUCUGCUUGCUUUGCAGCUCUUUUUUCUGUAGAAAAAAACUGGGGUUUACUCCCCCCCCUAGUAUUUAAUGUACUUCAUUUAUUACAGUGCUACCUACAUUACCAGUCUUCCAUUUACCUGUCUCCUUGCUACACUUUGAGCCUCUAAAUGACUUCAAAUAUUCCAUCUCUUUCUAACUUGAGGAUAUAAAGAUUUCCUUUAAUUCUUCACUCCUCUUCUCCACAGUGAUUCCACACUGCAAAGUAGUCAACUGGGGCCCCGUUCUUUAAGCAUGAAGUUGUCCCUCAAUAUACUUUUCAGCCAUGCUGGGACAGUAUUUCAAGAUUUUAUAUCUCUUACUUAUAUUGACUCAAUCCUCCUCCUUGCCCUUCGGAGAAACGAAAAGUCCAGCUGAUUGUGCAGAAGAAUAAAAACUGAUGGAGAAGGAGGGAUUCUCAACAGUCCUAGCAGUCAAAUUGGCCCAUGGGAUAACUCAUCUAUGGUGGAUUGCUCCUUAUGCAAUAUCUUAUGAUAGUACAUAGCUGAACGCUUUGCAAUCUCUCUAUAGCAAUUAAGCUUCCAAGAGAAAUACGAAUAGCUUAUCAAACAAAGUCCCUCUGAAAUUUUUGACUCCUAAAGGUGUAGUAUGCCCUCUGGAUCUACUUGGGUUUAGUUUCCAUGUUGUGUCCCUAUUUUGGCAAAUGGCAGCAAUAUGUUCAGAUUUCAGCAUGUUCACAUUUGCAUCAGCGCCAUUUUAUAUAUGUGGUGAUCUGCAGUCACUGGAAAUCAUGGAUCAGGAUGGCCUGCUGUGAAGUGUUUGUGAAAUUUGUUGGUAAACAGAUACUUGCUCAAAAUCAAAUAAUUUUGAAUUUAAAUGAAUGCAUCCAUAUUUAGACUGGUUUCACUAAUUUCAAAAUAAAAAGGAAAAUGAGUUACAA